GCCACUUUAUCAUUUCCUGGCGAAUCAGAGCCACCUAAUUAAAGGCGAUCCCGCUCUCCGUUCCCCACUUCUGUGCACAUCCCUUUUCCGUCGAAGGAGACGCUCUUCUUCGCUUCUGCUCUCUCUAUAUUCUCUCAUCUUCCAAUAUCUCUAGGUUCAGCUUUCCUUCCCUGAGAAGAAUCAAACAUAAUGGUGAGUUGUUCUUUUCCCCACCUUCAUGUUCUUUUUUUCUUCUACGAUUUCAGCUCUGCUUUCCUAGGGUUAUUAUUCAUCUUCGAUUUCUGCUGGAUUAUGAAUCUCUCUGCGAGGCCGUGCUUCCGUUAGGGAAUAUUUCUUUCGAUCUGUGCUCGAUCUGGCUGUCCCGAACCUGAAUUUCGCCCAAACUUCGUCAUUUAUGCCGCUCCCUGCCGUUUCUUCAGCAAAUGCAGCAUCUGGGAUGGCAGUCCAUGACGACUGCAAAUUGAAAUUCUUGGAGCUGAAGGCAAAAAGAACCUAUCGCUCCAUAAUUUUCAAGAUCGAGGAGAAGCAAAAGCAAGUUAUUGUGGAGAAGCUUGGUGAUCCAAGUCAAAGCUACGAGGAUUUUGCUGCUAGCAUCCCUGCUGAUGAGUGCCGCUAUGCUGUUUAUGAUUUUGACUUUGUCACGGUGGAGAACUGCCAGAAGAGCAGGAUAUUUUUCAUUGCAUGGGUCUCCUGACACAGCGAGGGUGAGAAGCAAGAUGAUUUACGCGAGCUCGAAAGACAGGUUCAAGAGAGAGCUCGAUGGAAUUCAGGUAGAGUUGCAAGCAACUGAUCCUACGGAGAUGGGGCUUGACGUGUUCAAGAGCCGUGCAAACUGAAGGGGGACCUAUACAGGAUCAUCCCAGAGUGGCUUGUUGCCAUUCAGGAUUUGCAUCUAAUGGGCGUGAAAUGUUUAUAUUUUGGUGAUGAGUGGAGAGUUUUAUGAUACUGAGUUUCAGAGUUUGAUCUGCUGAUCUAAAGUCUUUUUUUGUUCAUUCGAAGCUGCAUACUGACAUUGGCUACAUUUUGUUAUUUUGUGAUCCAUAGAACCUCUUUGUGUCUGAGUGCAUUUCUUGUAGUUGUAUGUCUACGGGCUAAUCUGUAACUGGUUGUUUGUGGAGGGGUGAGUUGAAAGGUGGACAAGUGCUGAACCAUCCAUUCUACUACCUAGGUUGCUGAGGGGGUGCCUCAUAGCCUGCAGUUAUCAAGUCUUCUCUUGCUAUGCACUACUGUUACUAUAAGAUUUACUUGUGAAAGGUAUGGUUCUCUCACAUGCAUUCUGUUCCUUCUUUGGCUCUUAGACUUGGCAAUCAGGUUGGGCUGGGAAUAUCGGGUUGGGUUGUCAUGGGUCGGGUCAUGUUGGGUAGGCUGAUUUCAAAUCAAUAUUGACACAAUCCAUCGGAUUUUGGGUAAGGUUUCGG